AUGCUGUUUGUCUAUUAACUAUGUAUCUUCUUUUAGUCAUUACCUCCUUUCCAAAAGUUUAUCUUAUUAACUAAACAUGUUUGGUAGGAAAAAUACAAUUCUAGUUGUUUGUUUGUGUUAAGAAAAAUAAAAUAAAUAAAGAAAUACCAAACACGAAGGCUACAUUUGUUUGCAUGGCGGAAAUGUCUAUGAAUAAACUAGAGGGCAAAGUAGCCAUAAUUACCGGCGGAGCGAGCGGCAUCGGCGAGGAAACGGCUCGUCUUUUUGCUGCUCAGGGCGCUCGUGCGGUUGUGAUCGCCGAUAUCCAAGACGAGCGAGGCCGGCGUGUAGCCGAGUCCAUCGGCCCAAACUGCAGCUACAUCCACUGCGACGUUGCAGACGAACACCAAGUCAAAGACAUGGUGGAAUCAACGGUCAAGAUUCACGGCCAGCUCGACAUCAUGUUCAGCAACGCAGGCAUCAUCAGUCCCUCCGAUCAGAAGCUUCUCGAUCUCGACUUCUCCGAAUUCGACCGCCUCUUCGCCGUGAACGUGCGCGGCAUGGCUGCCUGCGUGAAGCAGGCGGCGCGUGUAAUGGUGCAGCGGCGCGUGAGGGGAAGCAUCGUGUGCACGGCGAGCGUGGCGGGUAGUAAAGGUGGGCCUAAGCGGACGGAUUACUACAUGUCUAAGCACGCCGUGAUUGGGCUGGUCCGGUCAGCUAGCCGGCAGCUGGGGGAGCACGGAAUUAGGGUGAACAGUGUGUCACCCUACGCGGUGGCGACGCCGUUCAUGUGCAGGGCGUACCAGAAGGAGGAGGAGGAGAUGGAGAAGCUUUUUGAGCCUUUAACGUGCUUGAAAGGGACUGUACUGAAAGCGAAACACGUAGCUGAUGCUGUGUUGUUCCUUGCCUCCGAUGACUCCGCAUUCAUCUCCGGGCACGACCUCGUCGUCGACGGCGUUCAAGACUCCGCAUUCAUCCCCGAGCACAACCUCAUCCGGGACGGCGUUCAAAUUGGUGGGUAGUCGGUUAAAAAUAAUUGCAAUGUCACUCCUGACUGCACAAGUGUAAUUACGUGUUUAAUAAAUCAAAUGAGUGAAAACUUAUUUGAUGGUAGAAAAUUUUCAUUUAAAGAA